CAUCACGAACGUGAAAACGUGAAUUCCACAAGUCCAUCACUCUCCGCCGCGGAUAACAAGAAAGAUGCCAUCCGCAUCGCAAUACAUCAACAUGAAGCCACUUCCCGAUACCCCUGCAGACAAAGCUCCGCCGCCGUACGAAGAAAAACCCCGCACGAGUCCGGCACCACCGCCGCCCCGAGGGAGCCCAGGCCCAGGACCGUCGUCGGGGCCGCAGGUUGUAGCCCGCCAGUUCCCGCCAGCCUUCAAUGUCUACUCGCAGAGCUUCAGCAGGACAAUGCUCCUCGGCGAGCACCAGAGCCAGCCGUUCUAUGGCAUGUCAAUACACAGCGGGCUGAGCAGCUCGCCGCCCAUUGUGCUGCACUCUGGGCCAUCGGACAAGUUCUCGCCGCUCGCGUCAGUAGAGUACCAUAGUUUCAGCAGCAGAAUGAGCAUAACGCUGCCAGCUGCGCCGAUACGUACAGAAGGCGGUGGGCCAAUUGUCGAACUGGAAUCAAAAACCGACUUCCCAUCGUCGAGCUACAUUUUUGCUAUCGGUGUUGGGCCAAACUGCGAAAGACUAGAGCAGUUUGAAUGGAGGACAAGUUCUGGCGAAGCGAUCGCUGCGCUGGACGGCCGAAGCAGAGGCUGGAAGCUCAUCAGGCUUGCUCAAUCAGUGCCCCAGAACGCCGGACCAGGAGCCUUCAGGGGAGGUGAUGGGAAGGAGGUAGUCGCUGUCUGGACGGAUGCUGGAAUGAGCAUGACCAAGUUGGCCAAGUUUGCUUUCAUGGGCAGUGGGUUGACGGGUGAGCUGGGCGAACGGUGGGCAAUUAUGGCCGUUAUAUCUGGGUUGGCCAUCUUUGAGCGACAGAGGCAGCGAAGGCGCAACAAUCACUGAUCUCUACAGCCACCGAGGCUGAGGAGACGGAAUUGAAAGAUCCAUGGAUGUGCUCACGAUUGUUACGAUGCCCCGGCACGCCAGGGAACUGUUUCGUUUAGUUUAGUUUAGUUUUGAUACCCGUCGGCCUUGACAGGCGAUUAGGCCUAUUAGUAGAUAGAUAAGAUCUCUUUCAAUGAUUCACUGACUCAAAGCUUUUGAGCGUUGCUUCGGCCUACCGGG